ACAUAUCUGUGUAGUACCUACAUGAGUGACGUCAUCAAAGCUGGUUACCCGAGACUCAUCGAAUGGUUUACAUACGGAAUACACAUGCGACACACAUACUUGUAUGAGUGUUAGAAAAAAAAGUGAAUGUGAACGCGCUUUUAAAACCAAAUUUAUUUUAGUGUUAAACAGUACGUUAUCAUCAUGAAUUUCGAAAUACCACCAGGACUGACGGAUCUUCUACAGGAUUUUACUGUUUCUGUGCUCAAAGAAAGACCACCGGAUCUUGUCCAGUUUGCAGCAAAUUAUUUCGUGAAAUUAAACAGCAAAAAGAACAUCGACAGGGAUGACGAAGAUGAUUCCGGAGAACGUGGAGUACGAUUUGCUGGUGCUAGUCCUCCCCCUGGAGAACCCAUGGAUGAAGACGACGAUUAUGAUGAUGAUGAUGAUGAUGAACCUAUGGAGCCCCCAACGAACAGAUUCCAGAGAAGACAAUCAGUGUCUGCUGAGAGGUAUGACCCAGAGGCAGACUCAGAUGAAGGUGAAGAUAAGAUUGUUUACCCAAAGUCUGAUGGGCAACGAAAGAGGCUGAGUGAAGCAGUGCAUCACAUUCUUCUCUUCAGAUCCCUAGAUGUUGAACAGAUGCAGGAAGUAUUAGAUGCCAUGUUUGAAAAGAAGGUUAAACCAGCAGAACAUGUUAUAGACCAGGGUGAUGACGGUGACAACUUCUAUGUUAUAGACAGUGGAACAUAUGAUAUUUUUGUCAAUGGCAAUCUGGUUGGUAAAUAUGAUAGUAAAGGAAGUUUCGGAGAGCUUGCCUUGAUGUACAACAUGCCGCGUGCUGCUACAAUUGUGGCCACUUCUGACGGAACAUUAUGGGCAAUGGACAGAACCACAUUUAGAAGAAUAGUAUUAAAGAAUGCUUUCAACAAACGGAAAAUGUAUGAAGCACUGUUGGAGCAUGUGCCAAUGUUGAAGACUCUUGAACCAUAUGAAAGAAUGAAUGUAGCAGAUGCCUUGCUGUCUAGGUCAUUUACUGAUGGAGAAGUCAUCAUUAAACAAGGUGAUGAGGCAGACUGUAUGUAUUUCAUUGAAGAGGGAAAUGUUCGAGUGACAGUUAAAAAUAAGAGUGAGCCCAGCAGUGAAGAAUUAGAAGUAAAGAGGUAUGAAAAGGGAGGCUACUUCGGAGAGCUGGCAUUAGUUACACACAAACCAAGAGCAGCUACAGCAUACUCAAUAGGCAGUACCAAAUGUGCAGUGCUUGAUGUGCAGGCGUUUGAGCGGCUACUGGGGCCAUGCAUGGACCUGAUGAAGAGGAGUAUUGAUCAAUAUGAGGAACAGCUAGUCCAGGUAUUUGGAGACAAGGCGAAUAUUACAGACCUCAGAUGAACUACCUUCCCUACAACCAAACCAAAGAGUGCUCAUGUUCCAACCACCUGCAAUAUCAAAUCCUGAUGUCCAACCACAUAAACUUAACUAACUUGCCUGUUGAAUGUGGCUUAUUAGCCAGGCUGUUAAACCAGACUCAAAAACCAUUGUCUUGUUUUAGGUGCUGGUUUGCAGGAGACCUUGGGUUAUUUUAUUUAUUUUGAGUGUAUGUAUGUGUGUGAUCUUAGCAAAAGAAAGAUAACUGCUUUGUGAUGAAGGGAUUGUUUCAUAAACAGAACUUAUCAAAUUUGUGUCGUGUUUUAUAAGUUUUUUAAAUUGCUGCAAAACAUGACUGAACACAUUUCUAGUUUGCUUUUACAUUGUAUCAUUACAAUUAUUGUUUUAAUAUAAAAUCUAUUGGUCAAAACUGCUUUUGUAUAUUACCUUUUGUUUCACAUGGAAAUUUUACAAAUGAAUGUGUCAUCUUUGUCGAUCUGAUAUCCAUGUCUUGAGUUUUGGCUUAACAGGUCGUUUAUGUUGGUGCAUGAAAUCUGUCUUCUAUUUGUCAACUUUUCUUUUAGGCUUUUAGCCUAAUAGUCCAAAAUGACGAAGUGACCCCUCCCCCUUCAGGACAGGGAUGCAAGGCCUAAAAGCUAAAAGGAGAAAUAGUUGGUUAAUUUUAAUUUAAAUGAAUUCUCUCUAAGCAUGAGUAAAGGGAUAUUUUGACCUCAUUUAGCAUUGAGCAUCCUUUGGUCAAGAGUAUUUAUGGGUAUGUUCUCUCCCUUCUGGGAAUGUUGGGGUAAGGCCAAAUGGGCAAAUAAGUGUUACUUAUUGAAAGAGUAUUCCUCAAAUAUGACUGAAGGGAAUUUGACCUAAUUUUGCAUAUAACAUUCUUGGACCAGGAUAAUUAAAUGUAUAAAGAGAAGGAUGAUGUCUGUCGCAUGGAGUAAGGGGAUAGGCCAAAUAUUGGAUAUUAAUGUGAAUGUUUAAAUUUUUUCAAGUGAGAUGGCUUAUAUAAGAUUUAAAUCUUUUUGCCAAAUCCUAUUAAUUUUUCUAUUUACUUGCGUACUUAUUAUAUAUGAUAUAUGAAAUAAAUAUUGUUUAAACCAAUGUUUGAAUUUGAUAAACAGACAAAGGAGCUCUGUCAAAUGGGGCUAUAUGUUAAGACUUUCAUUACUAAGUAUUUGCUUCUUUGUUUCUAUUUAUUGGGGUUAUUUUUUAUGUAAAUAUAAUUUAUUUACUUAAACUUGAAAAUAAAAGAUCAGUUCAACUAUUUAGGCCGAAGUGGCCUCUUGUUUUCUAAAAAGAUUUGGCUAGAUAUUCGUAUGAUCAUUUGUUCUCUUAACAAGCUUCAGAAGAUGUUAUUUAUUCUUGGUAAUACAUUGUAUUCAAUAACCAUAUUUCAGCAAUUUUUUCUCUGAUAUCUAAACUUAAUUGUUUACAAUCGAAAUGUUUAAUUUUAGCCUACUGUCAUCAUAUGGUCGGCUGUUCAAAUCACAUUUUGGUCUGUGAUCACCUGUCUGUCCUUGAAGAUUUCCGAUUAUCAUUAUUUUUCAAGAAGUACUACAGGUAGAUUUCCCUUGGUUCCUACUGAGCUUAUGCUAUACUGCAGGGUCUGUCGUUCGUCAACUUUUCCUUAAAAACGCUACUAUAGUCCUGAACAGCUUUAUGGAUGUUGACUAAAUUGGCCUGGAGCAUCCUUGGGCAAAGAGAACUAAAUUUUGUAUAAACAGAAGGAUAAUCCAAUAUUAUAAUCUCCAAUUCAUAUUGGAAUUGUAGCACUUCGGAAUGGAGUCAUUCAUAAUUGUUUAGUUUGCAGCAUCAUCAUUUGAUCUUUUUAUCGAACAAAUUAAGAAAAAAUUAAGAAAAAAACAAAACGGAGAAGAAGUCAAAAAUUGGCUCUUAAAUAUUAUGUUUCUUUUUAUUUUUCUGCAUUUGAGCAUUCACGUUUGACAGGGUGUUUCUGAAUAUUAAAGUAUGCGUCAAUUUCCAUUGAA